AUGAUAAGCUUUCAAGUUGCAAGAACCUGGUGUCGAGCGAGAGUCUUGGGAGGGUGCAAGCUGGUGGCUGGAGGGACGGGAGGACAUGGGGGCUGGAGAUCGAUGUCGACAGAGAGCAGCAGAGCGGCGCUGAGGGAUCAGCUGCAUGAGAGCGGAUACUGCCUGAUACGGGGCUUGAUGGGGGCGCAGGCAGCGAGACAGGAGGCGAAGGACCUGCUAGCACGUAAGGACGAAGCCUUCUCCUUUUCAAGGAUGGUGAACAUGUGGAACGAGAACCCCGCGAGAUUCACAAAGGAGGCGGACAAGAAAAUUCUCAAGGACCGUGGGAUGAACAAAGUCGGAAGGAUGUUCGACUAUCUCCUGCUCAACAAGUCCGGCCCCCUCGUUCGCCUCUUCGAAUCCGAGCAGAUGCUGAAGCUCGCUAACGAGCUGUACCAGAGGAGCUCCGACGACAAGCCGCUCCACAGGGCAAAGGACGAGCUGGGAAGGUGCACAGGGCUGCUCCUCCAGAAGCAACAAGCGCUGCCAUGGCAGUUUACCUCCUCCUCCUUGACUGCCUUUCUGUUCCUGCAGGCCAGCGACCAGCCCGACCUUGUCCAGGUGAUCCCGCAGGCGCACGAGAGGGUCAAGGAGCAGGAUGAGAAGUUCUUGGACACGCUGACUGACAUCGUGGAGCUGUUGGGAGUAGAGAUGAACGUGUCGUCGCUUGAAAUGUCGAUAACAUGGGAACAGCUGCUGGAGGACCUGGAUCCUGAAUGUGGGCCGGAUGUGGAGAGCAUGGGGAAGGAGGUGCAGAGCAUGCAGGUGAAGGAAGGAGACGUCCUCUUUGUCCGGGGGUCUUCUGCACUUUUGCGGACUCGAUUUGUGGGAGAGACUCCGCUAGUCGUCGGCUGCCUGAGCUUCGAGGAGGAUGCGGAGAAGGUGCUGGGGUCGAGGCAGAAGGGGAAGGAGUUCGGGCGAUGGCGGAGUGACCACAAGGUAGUCAGUGAGGUAGACCACAACGAGGAUGCGGCCGCCAAAGUAGUGGUGUACAACAGGGAGCGGGACGGGGCAGGGGAGGAGCAGGUUGAGUACAGCCUCUCCGAGGAUGUUGCUGCGCUGCUGGAUAAGAUUCAGAACAGUGAGGGGUCGGAUGAGCAGGCAAUGAGCUUGUUGGAGUACCUGGAGCAGCAGGAAAAGGCGGAGCAGGAGUUGAAGAAAAGUUCGCAGGAGAGUGGGGAGAGGCCCUGA